CUCUCUCUCUCUCUUUCUCUCUCUCACACACACACACAUACACACGCAAAAGAGGUGUCUAAGGCUGUGAGUUGGUUUUCUGAGUCACAAAAUCAUACCAGAGUUUUCAGUCUGGUAUACACUGCAGAGCACAUACCACAAACACUCCACCAGCACCCUCCAAUCAAGGGACAGGCUUCCCUUAUCCUUCUGGAAAUAUUCUUGGAUUUUCCCUCAGAACCGCCAGGCAGCUCUCCAAGGCUCUAUAUACCCCAUACUAUUUGUUUAUGUACUUGUUUACUCCUUUUGCAACUCAAGCCAGUCCUGCUGCCUUUUCAUGCCCAAGCAGCAUCUGCCCCUCCCCAAGCACUGGGUGGGGCUCUUAGACCAGUUAAAGGCGCUGAGCAUCUGUGGGUGUUGCAACACGCCAGCCCAGCCUUGCCUAGCUCUCUGAAAGAAAGCCUGCGACAGAAGGGAGAGAAGUGGCCCCAAGUGCAGCUGAAAGCACUCCUUGGGAGUCAGCCAAGACCCUCCAUCCAAGCAGGGCCAGAUCCUUGCACUUGGCCAUGAUAAGGAGAGGCUUCCAGGUGGCAGCAAGACUUGGCCACCACAGAGGCCUUCUUGGGGCCCCCCGUAUCCUGCCCAGACUCAACCCUGCCUCAGCAUUUGGAUCCUCCACAGACUCCAUGUUCUCAAGAUUCUUGCCAGAGAAGACAGACUUGAAGGAUGAUGCUCCUCCCAAUGCCAGCUGGUGUUUGGACAUGCUGCGCCUGUACCAAGAAUUUCUAGAGAAGACCAAGUCUAGCGGCUGGAUCAAGCUGCCCUCCUUCAAGUCUAACAGAGACCACAUCUAGGGACUCAAUCUCCCAUCUGGACUGGCAGUUUCCUCCGACAAGGGUGACUGUCGCAUCUUCACCAGGUGCAUCCAAGUGGAAGGACAAGGCUUUGAGUAUGUCAUCUUUUUCCAGCCAUCCAAGAAGAAGUCGGUCUGUCUUUUCCAACCAGGCCCCUACCUGGAGGGGCCCCCAGGGUUUACCCACAGCGGGUCCCUGGCAGCCAUGAUGGAUGAGACCUUUUCUAAAACUGCCUUCCUGGCUGGAGAGGGGGUGUUCACACUAAGCUUCAACAUCAGGUUCAAAAACUUGAUCCCCAUGAGCUCUCUGGUUGUAAUGGACAUCGAAGUGGGAAAGAUUGAGGACCAGAAGCUUUACAUGUCCUGCAUCGCCCACAGCAGAGACCAGCAGACAGUUUACACCAAGUCCUCAGGAUUCCGCGCUCCCAGUGGGUCCGGAGACCCGAGCGCGGUAGCUGAUCGCCCGGUCUACGCCAGCAUCACUCACCUCUGA